AACAAGCUGGACUUUUAUUCUGAAAAACGUGUAAUGGCUGCUUGGCUGCUGCGGUAGUAUGUACACAUGGAUAACACACCGGUAUCGCUAGAUUUACGUGGAGGAUUUCAGAAGUAUUAAAAUAUUUAGCAUUCAACUGUGGUUUGAAACACUUUCUAACUAUCAACGCGGAUUCACUGAAGCAUGUCUGUGUUUGGUGGACUGAUGAGUAGCGCGGUGACCUUCUGCGCGAGACACUUCAGCACAGGCACUUGUGCUAGAAUACGAAUGCACGCCAUUCCCAAACUGAAAGAGGUGGAUCGAUGGACGGAGAAGAGAAGCAUGUUUGGAGUCUAUGACAACAUUGGGAUAUUGGGUGAUUUUAAAGCCCACCCAAAAGACUUGAUCAAAGGGCCCGUGUGGCUCAGAGGCUUCAGCGGAAACGAGCUUCAGCGUCUCAUCAGAAAGAAGCGGAUGGUAGGAGACCGGAUGAUGACGGAUGACAAGCACACCCUGGACAAGAGGAUCAGCUUCCUGUACCGCCGUUUCAACAGAUACGGCAAACACAGAUAGACUGAACGACAGCUGUUGUAUACGUCUUCCUCAUUUUUAUCGAUGUGAAGUUCAUUUUGUGUCAAAAGUUGCAGCUCUGUUUAUUAAACUGUAAAAAAAAACA